AUGUCCAACUUCUCAACCCCCACCUCCUCCGCCCUGCCCUCGGGCGCCGCAACCCCAACCGGCAAACCCGCGCUCCGCAUCCUCAUGCUGCACGGCUUCACGCAAUCCGGCCCGCUCUUCCACGCCAAAACGCGCGCGCUGGAGAAAAACCUCGUCAAAGCCUUCCCGACGCACUACGUCACGCUCUCCUACCCCACGGCCCCGAUCCGGCUCUCACCUGCCGACAUCCCUAAUUUCGGCACCGCCUCCAACGGCGAUGCGGAGAGUGGGGCAGACAGGGAGGAACCCGAUGCGUGGGGCUGGUGGGUGCGCAAAGGCGAGAAAGAACCCUUCACGUAUGAGGGCAUGGAGGCGGGCUUUGCGCGCAUCGCGGAGGUGCUGGGCUCUGAGGGGCCCUUUGAUGGCGUGGUGGGGUUUUCGCAGGGCGGGGCUUGCGCGGGCAUGCUCGCCUCGCUUCUCGAACCUGGGCGGCGGGAGGCCUUUGAGGCCGCGCGGAGUAGAGGCGGGAUGGAGUUUCCGGCCUCCCUGGUGCGGGAUACGGGAGAUGGGGACCAGACAGUGCAUCCGCCGCUCAAGUUCGCCGUGAGCUAUAGCGGGUUCGGCGCGAGUAAUAAUCCGCUGUAUCAGGCGUUUUACGAACCGAAGAUUAGGACUGCAAUGCUGCAUUUCUUGGGGACGUUGGAUACAGUUGUCGAGGAGAGUAGGAGUUUGCGGCUUGUCGACGCCUGUGCGGAUGGCGGAGGUGAGGGGAGGAGGAGGGUAGUAUAUCACCCUGGUGGGCACUUCUUACCCAGUAGUGCUAAGCCGUAUGUUGGGGCGCUGGUGGGAUUUAUCAGAGAGGUGUUGGAGAGUCAAAGCGCGGAGGACAAGAAAGAGAAGGCGGAGGAUAUGGAUGUGCCGUUCUAG